UAUUGUGCCUGUCGCAUGACAAUGGUCUAUCUGGUCGCCGUGGAUAAUAACACUUGGCUUGUAACAUAAAAUCAACUUAGUGUUCAGUUAGCAGAAAGUCAGGUUGCAAGGAAGUUCGGUCGAGGGAACGAGUUAAUUUUCUUGGUGUAAUCAAUAAAUUGCUUCGUACGUUCAAAACCACAUUGGCAAAUCAUCUAUUAUGCAUUAUUUGCAGGGUAUAGAAAUUUCACGGCUUGAGACAGAAGGAGAAAUGGAAGCACGCGACGAUACAUCGAAAAGUUCCAGCCUAAUUUUGGUGGGCAUCAAAGUGGUCGAAUUGUGUCUUAUUGUUGUUUGUCUUGGACUUAUUGAUGAUCCCGCCAACAAUUCACACAAUCGCAUCUUUAUAUCCCCGCGAACGGUUGGAAUCUCAUAUGCGACGAUUGGUGCCUUCUUAAUUUUCACUGCUGUUUACAUAAUCAUGAAAAUAUUCAGUGAUUCAUGCCCAUGGAAAACAUCAUCGCUGAUGUCCAUCCUCGCAGUUAUUCUUUUCAUUGCGUGCGGAACGAUGUUGCUACGAGAUUGGUCCUAUGUGAAGGAAAGAGGUUUUUGGCCGCCGAAUACCCAAAGACUGGAUUUGCUUCUCGGCGCCGGAGCUGUUUCGAUAGUAAUAGCAGUAGUUUUCUUAGUUGAUCUGGGCUUGACGGUUCUUUUGGGUAUCAAGGGAGAUGUUGAAUAGUCUCAUUCAGUGCCGACAAAUUCACGCCUAUUGCAAUAAAAAGUGCAUAUAGUUUGUUAAAUAUAUAAGACUUAGUACGUAAACUGUUAAUGCUAUGAAAAAAAAUCAUUGACUUUGGCAUUUCGGAGUCAGUAACAUACCAUCCCGCUUGAUUGCAAUUUCAGUUUCGGAAGUACUUUUAACGACACAAGUAUAGAGAUAUUUAGACAAAGAUAUCCCAUUUGGAUAUCAGCCCCAUGAAUGAAAUUUUACAGAGUUCAUAUUUUGAUUGAAUCAAAAUAUACAUUAACAUUACCGUCAUCAACAACGUGUCUAACAUUAUUAUCCGUCCAAAGUAAUAUAAACUCUUAGUGUAAGAUAUGAUAAUUUUUUUUAAUUCCACUUUUAUAAGGUAACCAAGCUACUUUUUGAGAUAUUGUCCAAGCUAUAAUAUGCCUUCUUUCCUCCAACAUGCAUGUAAAUUGUCUAUUCGAAUAAGCUAACAUUAAAAGUUCAAAUUAGCAUGCCAAAUAUAAUUUUAUUGUCGAAAUUGUAAUUAUAUUUGUAUGUAUAAUAUAAAUGGAAAGGAAAAGAGUAAUAAAAUCAUGUAUGUGUAAUUG